AUGGUGCUGUCGGUGCCGGUGAUCGCGCUGGGCGCCACGCUGGGGACCGCCACUAGCAUCCUGGCGCUGUGCGGGGUCACCUGCCUGUGCCGGCACCUGCACCCCAAGAAGAGGCUGCUGCAGCGGGAUCGGGACCUCGAUCCCGAGAAGGCGAAACCCGGCGUGCUCCGGCCGGCCCAACAGUUCAACGUCCAGAAAUCCACGGAGCCCGUCCAGCCCCGGGCCCUUCUCAAAUUCCCUGACGUCUAUGGACCCCGGCCGGCAGUGACCGCCCCGGAGGUCAUCAACUAUGCUGACUACACGCUGCGGACCACAGAGGAGCCCGCGGCGCCCGCCAGCCCCCCGGCCCCGAACGACAGCCGCCUCAAGAGGCAGGUCACAGAGGAGCUGUUCAUCCUUCCUCAGAACGGGGUGGUAGAGGAUGUCUGUGUCAUGGAGACCUGGAACCCGGAGAAGGCUGCCAGCUGGAACCAGGCCCCCAAACUUCACUACUGCCUAGACUACGACCAGCAGAAGGCGGAGCUGUUUGUGACUCGCCUGGAAGCGGUGACCAGUGACCACGACGGAGGUUGUGACUGCUACGUCCAGGGCAGUGUGGCCAACAGGAUGGGCUCUGUGGAGGCCCAGACAGCCCUGAAGAAGCGGCAGCUGCGCACCACCUGGGAGGAGGGCCUGGUGCUCCCCCUGGCAGAGGACGAGCUCCCCACAGCGACCCUGACGCUCACCCUGAGGACCUGCGACCGAUUCUCCCGCCACAGUGUGGCCGGGGAGCUCCGCCUCGGCCUGGAUGGGGCGGUGCCUCUGGGAACUGGCCAGUGGGGCGAGCUAAAGACUUCAGUUAAGGAGCUGUCUGCAGGAACUGGAGAGGUCCUUCUGUCUAUCAGCUACCUCCCAGCUGCCAACCGCCUCUUGGUCGUGCUGAUUAAGGCCAAGAACCUCCACUCUAACCAGUCCAAGGAACUCCUGGGGAAGGAUGUCUCUGUCAAGGUGACCUUACAGCACCAGGCCCGGAAGCUGAAGAAGAAGCAGACCAAACGGGCCAAGCACAAGAUCAACCCCGUGUGGAACGAGAUGAUCAUGUUCGAGCUGCCCGACGACCUGCUGCAGGCCUCCAGCGUGGAACUGGAGGUGCUGGGCCAGGACGAGGAGGGGCCGAGCAGCGUGCUGGGCCGCUGCAGCCUGGGCCUGCAGGCCGGGGGCUCUGAGCGCAGCCACUGGGAGGAGAUGCUCAAGAACCCGCGCCGGCAGAUCGCCAUGUGGCACCAGCUGCACCUAUAGCCGGCGCCCGCCCGUCCACCCCAGCUGUCUUCUGCCACCUCCUCUUUGUGCCCAUCCUCAUUCUGCCGCCCAGGAGACAGACAUGUCGGCAAAGGCCGGUCUUUAACCCCUCUCUCGUCACACUCCUGUUUCCCCAGUGCGGGAAUAACACCCUGCGGCCAGGCUCAGCAGUGUGUCUGGCCUCCCUGCUGCUCCACCAUCUCAAGUGCAGCCCAGGUGCAGCUUUGGCAGGUAGGGUCAGGCAUGCAGAGAAAGGGGGAGAGUGGACCCACGAAGAGAAAGCGUGCUUUAAAUAAGCAUUGCAGAAAGGAUAAGAGGAAGAAAAGGAUCCUUGACCCACUCGACUCGCAGUUAGAGACUGUCAGGGAGGGAGAAGUCUUAGCCAUUGAGUCACACUCCUGACCCAAGGCUGUGACCCAGCAGCUCCCAAACCUUGCUGUGAGGGUGGUCAGCAGGCUCCUGGGCCCAGCUGUCCACACUGCAAAUCAGUAGCCCUGGCCAAGACCCAGGAGCCUGCACAUUCACAAGCCCUGGGUGGUUCCCUGCUGAGACCAGCUCUGCAUUUGGAGAAGCUCCUGCUAGGAGCUUCCAGAACGGUUUUCACAGUCCUUGUCAGGCCCUCCACACUUUGGGGGCAGCCAGCACCCCUCGCUGGACAUGUCAACCACUCAGUGUGAAAUUUGGGGGCCUCUGGUUUUUAUUUAAUUAGUGCAGUGAUUAAUAUUUUCAUCUGUGCUUUCAGACUCUGUUCUUGGACUGAAUUUUGUGCUUUUUUUUUAUUGAGUAACUUUACUGUUUUAUCUCAAAGCAGUUCGUGUCCUAUCUUGGGGAACACUUCCCUGACCUUACGGUUGGGGUCCCCUAUUGGUCAGUGGACUAGCUUCUGAGCCCCAGUUCACACCCACCAGCAUCACGAGAGUGACUCUCUGAGUCAACCCAACGCUUCUCAGCAAUCCAGCCACUUCCUGAGGAGUUCAGUUUUGGGGGGCAGGUUAGUCGAUUACACCUGGCUAUGUGACGGUUGGAAGGAAGAUUGACUAGGAAAUGAAGUUUUUUGCACUGUCCUGCUCUCCCUCAGCUUCUGAGACUUUCACUUUAAUGAAUUAAUAGACGUCAGCGAGAUUUCAGGUUCCUACCUUAUGAUUCCAAGUCGCUGUCCACAGCAUUGAUUAAACUUAAAAGAUGGGUUUUGCUCAGUGGAUGUGGUAUCUGCCUGUGAGCCAGGAUUCCAGGUUCUCUGGUUGACCACCUGCAAAAUAAUAUGGGUGACACAGCGGCUCUUUGUGAAUGGUAAGAGAGAUGAAGUUGUCCCCCGGAGCUGGAGGCUCCCGGACUAAAAACAAAGUGAAUCUACCAACAAAUCGUCUGUAAGCUGUAAAUUGGCACCUGGCAAUGCCUAGAAAGUUCCAGAAUCAUCCCAGGAAUCUCCAGAACCAUGGAUCUGCAUUGAGAUGCUUCAAUACGGGUAUCCAAAUUCUGGAUCUUCCGCUGUCACACCGACCCCCUGAUCUAAACAUGAAUGCUAGACAAGAUGGGUGAGGGUGGCCUCCUUUCCUUCAACAAGUCAAGCUGUUUCGGCCUCGCCCAGAGAAUCUGAGGAGCAUUAUCAUCUUUGAUCACAGUUUGCCCUUUCUGUACAGAAGUAGAGAAGCAUUAGAAGUAAGUUCAACUCAUCCUAUGAUAGAACAAAAAAAAAGCCUCUUAUUCCUCUUUAAUAGAAAAAUCUCUCGGACAAUUAGAAAUCUUGAUAAUUAGGAUCGACUACCUCCUGCCAAAUGUUUGUGUUAGUGAUUUCCUUUGACAUGUUUUUGAGACACGUUCACCACUUGGGCCCCCCUUUUUUAGGCUGGCAUGCUAACAAAGAACAAAAGAUCCCCAUGGAAGCUCACCAGUAUGCUCAUCUACUGUGACGAGAAAAAUCGAUUGGGCACUUAACAUCAAGAGACAUGGAUUCCACAUCCUUCGAAGCCCAGACACCUGUCAUAUAGUCACACCAAACCGUAUAUGUGGGCAGCUGGACAGGACCCCUGUUCCCAGAAAUAUCAACCCUCCCGUGGCCCCUCCAUCAUGACACAUUCGCUUCUUCGGAUCUCCACGGUUACAUUUUCCAGAAUCCUAAGUACAGUUUGCCUGGGAUAGGAGCCAGAUUCUACCACUGAACACUUUAAGUUUCAGCCACCACGUGACUUAUCAGUGAGGUACAGAGAUGAGGUAGGUUGGGGGGGGGUUGCCUGUUGUGCUCCCUGGUAUAUCCCAAGUACCCUAAGAAUGCUGCUGACAUGGGCUUUCCAGAAAUAUUUCUUGAGUGAACUAAGAAAUGAUGGGAAGGCAGAAAAAGACCGAAAAUCAGAGUCAUGGCUGAGUUCUCAAUGGCAAAUGCAUCAGAUUCUCCACAGUUGACCUAGAAAUCCACGUUAUUAUCACUCACCUAAUGAUAAUUCAUAGCUCCCUGUGUAAAUGGAAUAUACAAGAACAUAAUCACUGUGCUUUUCUACCAAUUCUCCGUCUUGGUGAAUUUUACAUUACUCAGAGAUGUCAGACUGCCAAAUUGAAAGAUGCUAGUAAUCUUGGCAUCAGCUUACCUUGAACCAGACACAUUUGCAAUUUACUACAAAAUGAGAAUAACUGAGUCUGGUGAGUGCAUCUGAUCACUUUUUGAAAGGAACACCUUAGAUUUUGCCAGGGAGCAUUUUCUGCGAAGAGUGAAAAUAAAAUGAGAAACCAUCUCAGCCAAAGCUACUUCCACAGAGCGACCUGUUCUCUUACAGAGACAGAAGUGGGACAUCGGGGGCCACCCUCAUUCAUCUGUGACUCCACUUCCUGCAUCAAAUCAGUAUCUGUUAGUUCAGUGCCUAUUGAUCGAUCGUCCUUUUCAGUAGAGAUACUACCUACUCUUAGUGUCGGUCAAGUGACUGUUCAACCCAAAUGACACCCUGUGGGGAGCCUCAGAUGGGAAAGCAGUUUUGAGGGGCAAAUCCUUUGCGGUAUAAAAACAUCCUGGGUGGACGUGGCUGCAAACCAAGCCAAACUGAGGUGAAGACCACCCAAAGAGACACUUGGUCCUUGUGGUUUGUUUCUACCACCCACGUUUCCUGUUGUCAAUGCUCAGUGUCUGUGUGUGUGUGUCUGUGUGUGUGUGUCUGUGUGUGUGUGUGUGUGUGUGUGUUACAAUCAUGAACCGAAGCACAAAGACGCAUGAGACAUUGUAGUGGUGUCUGGUGUCACACUUUAGAGCAAAAACCAUCCAGUGGUAAAUAAAUCAUUUCCAACAGGGUCA